ACUACGUCUAUUCUCAGUCUAAAAAUGGCUGCCCCCAUGUAGGCAUGAAAUAUGUAUGAAUGUUGUCUGUUGUGAUUUAGUGCCCACAAUGACACAAGUACCUAGCUGGGAUAAAGUACUCAAGCUGCUGAAGAAGACACAAUACCUUUAUGGACCAGGAUUGUCUCAGUUACGAGAAAAUGUCCGGAAGAUGUGGCUUGACAGGAUGGUAACGAAAGCAGAAUCCUCCUUUCUUAUUGAUGUACCGGCAGAUCCCCUGGAGUACUACCCACAGUUGUUAGCAUUGCGGAAUGAACAUAUUCCUUUCUCUAUAGCACAUGUAUGCUCUCGUACUGCUGAUCUCAGUUCUCAGUCAGAACAUCUGAAACCUCUCUGGAAUUUUGGACCAGAGACGUGUUUCACAUUUCUACAUUUCUGUCCUCAAGCAUCUGUAAACACAACAUAUGAUCAACUCGUUAAUGUUCGAUUUUCUUGGUGGAAACAGUUAUCCUACAACUCCUCAGAUUUCACUCUGUCUAACAUGGAAGAGAACAGCGCCGUAUUGUCAGGUAGACGUAUACAGUACAAGUUUCCAUGGGGUUUAGAAACUGUAGAGACAAUCUGCAACCUGGGAGAUGAACAUCUAAAAAAACUGCAGCAGAAGACAAAAUCAAAUUGUCAGUAUAGUCAAGGAAAGAAGUGUAUUUAUCCAAGCCAGAUACAGUGUGACAUGACAUUAGAGAUGGCCACUGCCCUCUUCCUUAAAGAUGCUUAUGUAGAAAAGUCAGUGAAGGGAAAUGAGGUUAAACAGGUACUUCAUUUAAGUCCAGUACUGGCCCCGUUUAAAGUGGCUGUAUGUAGACAAGGUGAGAGGCAUGAGGAGAUCAGUGAGGUAACCACAUACAUUGCCAGCAUGCUGAGGAAACAUGGCCAUCAAAUACUUGACACUUGCCAUACAAAAAAUCAUUUAAACAUGCAGUUAAACAGAUUUGAUGAAAUGGGAGUUCCUUUUACAGUGAUAGUGAGUGACUCAACAAUAGAAACAGGAACUGUUCAGAUCAGAAACAGAGAUACUGGAAUACAGGAAACGCUUGCCAUUGGGGAUCUCCCUCUGUAUGUGACUAAACAUGUGACAUAUCAGGCUGCUAGUUAAUUUAGCAGUAGAUACGUAGAUGGAGUUCAGGAUCUGACAGGGACAGUUACAGUAUUGAUUACAGCAGCAGUGUUCAUAUAGCAGCAGCAUAAGUUCAGUGAAUUAAAAGAAAGUGACAACAAUGUUAUAGAACAAACAGAAUGGAAUAAGUACUUGGAUGCAAUAAGUCAUAUGCUAUUACAGUUAAUAUUGCAUAUAGGGCAAGGAUAAAGAUAAGGCUUGCUAGAGUUCAGUGACAAGUGUGACUGUUAAACAUACUUCUUAGAAAGGUACCACGAUUACCUUCAGGACAGCUUACCGGUACCUGUAUAUAUAGUAGCAGACAUUAAUAUUGGACAGACAUUGUAGAGUUUAAUGGUGAACAGUGAAUUAUCACAGGCAGAAAAGCUUUCUCAGGAAACUGAGGAUGUAAAGCUUGAUAUAAUAAACAGUGAAAUCAUCAAGACAGAAAAGCUUUGGAAACACAGAUCUUAUAAAGCUUAAUGUAAUAAACAGUGAAAUCAUCAAGACAGAAAAGCUUUAGAAACACAGAUCUUAUAAAGCUUAAUGUAAUAAACAGUGAAAUCAUCAAGACAGAAAAGCUUUAGGAACACAGAUCUUAUAAAGCUUAAUAUAAUAAACAGUGAAAUCAUCAAGACAGAAAAGCUUUAGGAACACAGAUCUUAUAAAGCUUCAUAUAAUAAACAGUGAAAUCAUCAAGACAGAAAAGCUUCAGAAACACAGUUCUUAUAAAGCUUCAUAUAAUAAACAGUGAAAUCUUCAAGACAGAAAAUCUUCAGAAACACAGUUCUUAUAAAGCUUCAUAUAAUAAACAGUGAAAUCAUCAAGACAGAAAAACUUCAGAAACACAGUUCUUAUAAAUCUUAAUAUAAUAAACAGUGAAAUCAUCAAGACAGAAAAUAUUCAGAAACACAGUUCUUAUAAAUCUUCAUAUAAUAAACAGUGAAAUCAUCAAGACAGAAAAUAUUCAGAAACACAGUUCUUAUAAAGCUUCAUAUAAUAAACAGUGAAAUCAUCAAGACAGAAAAGCUUUAGGAACACAGAUCUUAUAAAUCUUAAUAUGAUAAACAGUGAAAUCAUCAAGACAGAAAAACUUUAGGAACACAGAUCUUAUAAAGCUUCAUAUAAUAAAGAGUGAAUAGUAGCAUUAUCACAAAAUAUUACUAGCCCAGAAGAUUUCCUUUAGUAAACCUGUAGAAAUAUCUUUAAACCAUGUCUUCUCAGGAAACACUUGAUAGAUCUUCAUAAGAUUUGGUUCAUAGCAUCAUUGUAUUGCCCUCUCUUAAUUUUUGAUCAAAUAGUCCCUUUUAGGGGCUGCUAAAACUAAAAAUAGAAAUACAUUUAAACAACUUUUUCUCAUAAUCUGUUUGAUGGAUCUUCAUCAGACUAGGUCUGUAGCAUCACUGUAAGCUCCUCUCUCAAAUUUGUUCAAAUAUGGGCACUUGGUCCCUUUUAGGGGCCACUAGAGGUAAAAAUAGAAACACCUUUAAACAGUUUCUUCCUAUGAAUCAUGUGAUUCUCUUCAUCAUAUUUGGUCUGUAGCAUCACUGUAAGGUCCUGUCUUAAAUUUGUUUAAAUAGGGGCAGUUGGCCCAUUUAGGGUCCACUUGAGCUGAAAAAAAUUAUAAUGACUUCUUCUCAUGAACAGCAUGAUGGAUCUUUACCAAUAUUGGUCUUUAGAAUCAUUUUAAGGUCUCUCAAAUUUGUUCAAUAGGGGCCCACCUGAGCUAAAAAUAGAAAUACCUUUAUAAACAACUCUCCAGUACGACUUGAUGGAUCUUCAUCAGACUUUGUUUAUAGCAUCAGUGUAAGGUCCUUUCUCAAAUUUGUUCAAAUGGGGGCACUUGACACUUUUAAGGGGCAGCUAGACCUAAAAAUAUAAUACCUUUAUACAACUUCUCCUUAUGAACAGCUUGAUAGAACUUCUUCAAACUUAGUCUGUUAGGACGAUUGGUUGUAAGGUCGUCUCUCAAGUUUAUUGAAAUGAGGGCACUUGACCUGUUUGGGGCCACUAGAGCUGAAAGUUAGAUGUUAACUUAAAAAACAUUUAAACAACAGCUUGAUAGAGCCACAUCAGAUUUGGUCUGUUGAAUCAUUGUCAGGUCCUCUCCCAAUUUUGUUCCCAUUUAGAGGUAAACAUAUAAAAAAUCUUUAAAUAACUUUUUCUCAUGAACUACUUGAUAAAUCUUCAUCAAGCUUGGCCUGUAACAUGAUUGUUAUGCUCUGUCCCAAUUGUUUUUCACAUUUGGUCCAUGAAAAACAUUUGGGUGAAGUGUUAGAGAAAAGUAUCAAGAAUGUCUGGCAAAUGCUUUAUGGUGUGGAAAGAACCUAUUUUUAUGUCAUCAACAUUUUUUAAUCAGGUUUUUAAAACAAAACAACUGGUUAUUAGAUUGUAAAAUGUCGUUGUCCGGGCGGCGGGCAGGCAGGCAGCGUCAACUUUUGGUUUCCACUCAAUAACUCGAGCUAGGAGUGAGCAAUUCAAAUGAAACUUGGUAUAUAGGUGGCUUGCAGAAAGACAAAGUUUGGGAUUGCAUAUGAGGUCACUAGGUUCAAGGUCACUGUUGCUAGAAAUAGAAAAAAAAUGGUUUCUGCUCAAUAACUAAUUUGCAUUGAUGUAUUGAAAUUAAACUUGGCCUGUAGGUAGCUUAUAGAAAAAUCAAGGUUGGGAUUGUAUAUGGUGGGGGAGGGUCAAGUGCAAGGUCAGCAUAACUUAAUUAAUCUUCGCACUUAGAAAAUUCCACGGUGGCGCAGUGGUCUAGAGUGUUGGGCCAAAAGCUACUUUUUGGUCUGUGGAACGGACGGAAGGGUGUCAGUUCAAAUCUCACUGAGAUCCAAAGAAUUUUUUUUAUGUGAUAAAAAGGUCAUUUUAAUGCCAUUGGGUUAAGGUCACAGUUACUAAAAUAAAAUUUCUUUCUCAAUGUGAUCAUCAAAAAGGUGGUUUCUGCUUUAUAAUUUUAGUUUGGACUUACUUUCUGCCACCAAACUUUGUGUACAGCAAGCUUAUCUCAAGAAGCUUUGGAUGGUAUUUGUGGUCACUGUUACUAAAAAAGAAGAAUGGCUUCCACUCAGUAUCUUUAGUUUGGGUACACUUAUUAAUUAAUUGUCAGUAUACUUGGUGUGUAGAUAGCUUUUAUCAAACACAAAGGUUGGGUAUGUAUUUGGGGUCACUUGGGUCAGGGUCAAGGUCAGUGUAAUUAAAAUAGAUAUGGGGUCAUAGUUGAAAUAAAAAGAGAUUUUUGUGCUGUGGAUUGGAAGGGUGUCGGUUCAAAUCCCACCGAGAUCCAAUUUUUUCUCCUUGUUUUUAUUUUAUAAAAAGAUCAUUUUAAUUUCAUUGGGUAACUCAAAAUAGAAAAAUGUGGCCAUAGUUAAAAUAAAAAAUAGAUUUUUUUUUCACUUUGAUCAUCAAAAAGCUGGUUUUGAGUUUAUAACUUUAAUUUUAAAACUGGCUUUGGAUUGUAUUUUGAGUCACUGUUACUAAAAAUAGAAAAAUGGUUUAUGCUCAAUAUCUUUAGUUUGGGUACACCUAUUGUCAGCAAACUUUUUGUUUGGUAGCCUUUAUCAAAGAAUCAUAAGUUACAUAGGGCAAUGACACAUGUACUUUUCUCAUACCUGUACUUUUGAAUGGCAUGAUUGGAUGCAGUCAGAUAUGUAUAAUAGAACAUGACCAUUUUCUAAACAGAACCUGUUGGCGUGAUACAAAGUUUGAAAACCUGGUUUUCGUGGAAUUUCCACGUUUCUUGUUAUUUUAUUAAAAUCUGCCAAGUAGUAAGAAAAUAUAUGCAAAAAUGUUACUAGAAUCAAGGGAUUUUCCCCUUUGUGUUGUCCAUCCUGUGGAUUAUGCUACGACAUACUGGUUGUGUCUUAUGUCCUAAAUGCUUCUACCCAGUCCACUUGUGCAAUACAUUUCAUGUGUGCAUAAUUCAGUGUUUGUCUGUUUAAUUUAAACAGGAGUUAGCAUGGACGUUGUUUCUUUUAAAUACUGGAAAUUGUUAUGUUACAGAUGUCAUGAAAAAAGAUGCAUAAUAAAAAUGACCAAAAGAAAAUACAUGUAUACUGUGCACAUAAAAUAAAGAUAAAUUUGAUCACUUCUCAUUGGUCUCUUUCCACAACAGAAAUAACUUUUCACGGAAUACCGGGGUAGUUUUGAAAAUGCAAGGAGAUAGGUCAUUUUCUAUAAUAAUAUUAUAAAGCACAAUUUUUUUUUUAUUUAUUCUGUGUUAUGUUUUUAUACGAGUGAUCUCUGUUAUUUACCUAUACAACCUUACUUCUGCAUCAUCAAAUAUAUGUAGCAGUCAAUCAUUGCAAUUUAAUCAUGACAGUGAUUGCCUAUAGCCAGUAUAAUAUAUUUUUACUUUACUAUUAAUGUAGACCGGAAUAUAUUUCAAUUAUUGCUAAAUAAAGGAUGUUUGUUUGUUUCA